UUGAAAGUCUGGCCCUCCUCUCUCUUCUGAUGGGCAUUACAGAGGCCCAGCCACCUCCAGCUUGUGGCCGAUUUAUCCCCCCUUCCCGAAUAGUAGGAGGUACAGAAGCUGAGGUGGGUUCAUGGCCAUGGCAAGCCAGCAUACAGAUUUUAGAAUCACAUCACUGUGGGGGAACCCUCAUUGCCUCAAGCUGGGUUCUCACAGCAGCCCAUUGCUUUGUCAGUCUCUCAGAUCCCUCUCUAUUUGCCAUUCUUUUGGGAUCCUACAAUCUCUCCAAUCCUGGACCAGAGUCGGUACGAGUAAAUGUGAAGCAAAUUAUCAUGCACUUCAACUACACUUUGCUCAUAAACGGCAAUGAUAUUGCACUAAUGGAACUUGAAAGCCCUGUGAAUUUCACCCAGCAUAUCCAGCCUGCCUGUUUACCAGGAUCUUCCAUUGUCUUCCCUCCCAGACUGGGUUGUUGGGUUGCAGGCUGGGGGAACAUUAAACCAAAUGUCCCACUUCCUGAACCUGAGCUUUUGCAGGAAGUGCUUCUUCCCCUUAUUGACAGGGCUACCUGUGAGGCUCUUUAUAGCGACUUUAAAGAGCCUGGGAUGAUGACCGUAAUAAAAGAUGAUAUGAUAUGUGCAGGCUACAUGGAAGGAGAGAAGGAUGCUUGCCAGGGAGACUCGGGUGGACCAUUGCUUUGUCCAUGGAAUGGAGAUUGGGUUUUGGCUGGGGUAGUGAGCUGGGGAGAUGUCUGUGCUGCCCCCAAACGCCCCGGUGUUUACAUUCAGGUUAGCGCCCACACCAGUUGGAUCUUGAGACAUGCUCCAGAAGUAAAAUCUAGUUUUAUUAAUGCCCUAAACCUAACUACCCCUAGCAAUAAAUGUUCCUUAGUUGCUUUUGCUAACAUAGCUAUGCUUCUUUCAUUAAUUAUCAGUAUUAUAUCUAUUAUUAUAUAG